GGUUAGUUGGCGGCUUGCAGUACUUGUUUGAAUUCAUAAAAGUUUCUUAGGUAUACAGAGAUCCAGUGAUCUAUCGGUCAAUAUGGUCAACAAUUGAAGGCACAGCAAUUGCACAGCAUGGACAUUCCAGUCCGACCAAAGGUGGAGCAAUGGAUACCAUGGUUUACCAACAGCCGUAUAUAGUGAGCAUGGUCUUCUAGUCCUCAAGCCAUAAUCCAGGUCAUCUAUCUGCUGAAGUUGAAAUCUAACAGUGCAGAAUUUCUCAUUUGACAAAUUUUCCUUUCGUCAUUCAUUUUUGUGUUUUUAAAAAAAGAGUCACUCAUUUGCACCGUCGCCACUACUUAGUGGCUUUAAUCUAAUCUCACACCUUCAAGAUGUCCGGCCGUGGAGCAUGGAGACCUAUGAACCCGAAGAACAUUACUGUUCGAGCUUCAGUAUGGAUUAUUGGAGCCAUUCCAUUUUUUACGUUCUCAGCUAUGUCGAUUGCCGGAUCUGCGACAACGACGCCAGGGAUGCAGAACGUCUUCAUCGGGCAAAUCGCCAAGGUAGGCACUGAUGGAUCUAAAAUCGGUGGAUUGAGAUUUGGUUACAUGGGUCUUUGUGCUUAUGUGGGGGUGGAAGGAAGCAACGGAGAUACGUUCAAGAACACGAACGGUUUCCAAUGCAUAGGCAAGCAGUAUGAUCAGUCACCAGACGAAAUUGCUGCAACACUUCAUGUCGAUGCAAAUAUCGUACAGUUGGGGCAGAAGUUACAAAACGACAUAUCUAUUUUCAUGCCUAUGGUCUCAUUAUCCUUAUUUCUCUUAGGAUUCCUCAUUGAUACUGGUGCAUGGCUCCUUGCAGGUCUGGGAAAACCUGUUGGCAAAGUCGGUAUGGCAGCCAUGCCAUUUCUGUGGGCGGCUGUUGCUACCAGUCUCGGUGCAGCAUAUACGCUCACUGUCUCCGUCAAUGCAAUCAAUACGGUACUUGGAGAUACAGCUGUAGGAUGUUCUGCAAACGUACAAAUUGAACAAGGGAAAACGCUCGAAGGACUCGAAUGGGCUGCAUUUGCCUUUGCUGUUCUCUUCGCAUUCGGUAUCUAUAUGGUCACUAGAGACACCAUGUAUGGAUUUAAUAUUGCUCCUCGAGCUAGAUCUCGUGGAAGAAGAAUGAACGAUGCGUACCCCGAUGAGUAUUCUGAGGAGCGAUCGUUAAGUUACGAGAGAUCGAGAGAUGAUUAUAACUAGCAAGUUGAUGCACCAACGAUUAUUUAGAUCGAAACCUCGACAUUACUGGCGUAAUAUGAGACCGCAUAUUAGAAGGGGGGCACAGAAGCAUGAUGUGGCGUUUAUGAGAUGUGUAAAUAUUUCUGCUUGGGUGGGUGUUUUCA